CUACAUGUAUUUCAAUCCUCCCAAAACUGUGAGAAACUCUCUCUCUCUCUCUCUCUCUCUCUCUCUCUCCAAGACAUUCAACCAAAUACAAGAAACUCUUUUCUUUGCGUUUACUGGAAAGAGAGCCAAAUGGGUGCUCUGGACUUUCUCUCAGACUAUUUCACUAUUUCCACCCCAAGGAAGAAACGCAAAGCAAUGCAGACAGUUGAUAUCAAGGUGAAAAUGGACUGUGAUGGCUGUGAAAGGAGAGUUAAAAAUGCCGUUUCCAACAUGAAAGGCGCGAAAUCUGUGGAGGUUAAUCGAAAGCAAAGCCGGGUAACAGUAACUGGGUACGUGGAGCCAAACAAGGUGUUAAACAAGGUGAAGAGCACCGGAAAGAGAGCUGAGUUUUGGCCGUAUGUACCAUAUAACUUGGUGGCUUACCCCUACGUGGCUCAGGCCUAUGACAAGAAAGCACCGGCUGGUUACGUGAAAAACGCCGUCCAAGCCCUCCCAAGCCCAAAUGCACCGGACGAGAAGCUCACUACCCUCUUCAGUGAUGAAAAUCCUAAUGCAUGUUCGAUCAUGUAAGCAAUUUUAGCGGAACAAGGGACGGAAAUCGACAGUACUGUUUGAGUUUGUAUGGAGGAAAGUUUUGUUUGUGUUCCAAGUUGUAGAUUUUCUUUAAGGAAGUUGUAUCACUCUAGUACUGUUAAUUACCUAAUGCAAAGUAGUUCGACUUUUGUACAA